UCAUCACCUCUUCCCACUGCACUGUCUCCUCUCUGUGUUCUCCACUGCUCAUGUGCCUCUUGCCAUGUCACAGGGACACUGCAGGGGUGCAGGGGCAAGAUAUCCACUAGAAGAGGGAGCAAACAUUUCUGCAGAGAGUAUCCAGUGAUAUAAUUGCAUAUUUCAGACAGGGCUAGAGGCUAUGAAACCAAAUGCUGAGAACUGCUUUUUCAUGGGUCUUGCACAAACCACAGAUUAUGUCCCAUCUGCUGAUGGGACAAUGUCUUGGUCCUGCCCCUGAAGCGGCUGGUGCUGAGCACGCUUGGAGAUGGAAUAAGGCAGCAAGUGAAACAGCUUCUCUGCUCCUGGCUUACAGGGAGCCUGGCAGAUGGUGCUGCGAGGCACGGCUGGGCAAGGAUUACUCGCUGUCGACAGGCUCCACGUUCAUCCUCCUGGGCAGGGGCUGAGCAUCCAGCAGAGCCAGAGCACCCACGCCUCCCUCAGAGCACUGAGCUGCAUGGUGGAAAUUCAUUCCAGUGCACAGGCAUGGCUCGUGUGUCUCACCAAGGACAGAAAUAAAAGGAGGGUGGGAGGAGCAGACGAGGGAUAUUCCUUCCUCAGCCUCAGCAUGGAGUAGUCAGGCUGAACAGGGUGAAGCUGGAGGGACACGGGGGGGGGAGAGGAUGGGAUGCCCAGGCUCUGGGGUGGUCUGCACCUCUGUGGAUGGAGGACUGGUCCCCAGCACAGAAGUCCCCCUCUGUGCUGUGAUGCUAGCUGGUGAGGAGCCUGGGGGAAGCAGGAACAAGGGCUGUGCCAGCACUGCCACAUGCUAAUCGCUGCUCUAGCACAUCUUCAAGGAAGAGAGAAGAAAUGAGAUCUUCACGACAAUCCCUCACGCUGUGUCUGGCCAGUGGUUUGUCCUCAUUGCUCUGUGAAAUCUAAACCUGCUCCACCUUUGAGUCGUUUAUGGGAAAGGGUCCCGUGGCCCAUGCCCAGGGCGAGCAUGUCCCCGGGGAACAGCAGCCAUGUCCUGGCUUUCCUGCUGGCAGGCAUCCCUGGGAUGGCUCGUUUCCACCGCUGGGUUUUCAUUCCUUUUGGUCUGAUGUAUCUGAUUGCAAUGCUGGGAAAUGGCAUCAUCCUGCUGGUUGUGAGAGCCCAUCACAGCCUCCACGAGCCCAUGUACUAUUUCCUUUCGAUGCUGGCCACCACAGACCUGGGCCUGACUCUGUCCACCCUGCCCACCGUGCUGUGUGUCUUUUGGUUCCGCUCCAGAGAGAUCAGCUUCCCCGUCUGCCUCGCCCAGAUGUUCUUCAUCCACGCCUUCUCCUUCAUGGAGUCCUCAGUGCUUCUGGCCAUGGCCUUUGAUCGCUACGUGGCCGUCUGCUUCCCGCUGAGGUACUCCUCCAUCCUCACUGGGGCCAGGAUUGCGAAGAUCGGGCUGGGGAUCGUUGCCCGAUGCACUCUGGCACUGCUUCCAUUAAUCUGCCUUCUUACACGGCUGCCUUUCUGCAGGUCCCAUGUGCUUUCUCACCCCUAUUGCCUGCACCAGGACAUGAUACAGCUGGCAUGCACAGAUGCCACCUUGAACAGCCUCUAUGGCUUAACCCUGGUGUCGAUGGUGAUCCUAGACUCGCUGCUCAUCGCCUUCUCCUACGCCAUGAUCAUUAGGGCCGUGCUGGGCAUCACCUCCAGAGAGGAGCAGGCCCGAGCCCUCAACACUUGUGUCGCUCACUUCUGUGCUGUCCUCAUCUUCUACAUCCCUUUGGCUGGCCUCUCCAUUAUACACCGGUACGGGAAGAACGCUGCACCCAUUAGCCACACUCUCAUGGCCAAUGUCUACCUUUUUGUCCCCCCUGUGUUGAACCCCAUUCUCUACAGCAUGAAAAACAAGGCCAUUCGCAGGGGCCUCCUCAGGCUCCUGUGUCGAAGAGCGGCCUGGCCUGGCCAUGGCUGGAGGCGUUAAGAGGGACAUUUGCUCACACAAAAUGCCCAGAAAAAGUGCCAGGUCAAACAUAAGAAGGAUUUAAGAGAACUUAAAUGUAGCGGGAAGAGCACCUUGCAAAUAAUGCUGACAGCUGAAUGCUGAAUGCUUCCACAGCAGGAAUUCAGCUGGGAAGUGGGUUGACUGCUUGGUGACCAAGGUGGGCUUCAUAGCAGGUGGCUCAGAAGCUCUAGAUUAGUUUGAAAGUGGCAUGGAGGAGAGAUUACACCAAAUAAGUAUCAGUGAAUUAUCCUCCCAGGACCAGGUGUUGCUCACCUGAAUCCAGAAGGAACUUGGAUGUGAAACUGCAGAACUGCCGGGCAGGGUGCGUGACUAUUUCAAAUGGCCAUGAUGCUGGAGAACGGGCAAUGAUCCCUUUUAAUCUACCUGCAUAAAGGGGCUUCACCGGGUUCCUGAGACCUACUGACUGGGGGAGGCAAUUUCUGUUCCUGGCUGGGAUAAAGAAUAAGAUCAUUAAGCAUAUUGGUAAACACAUCUGAGUGAAAAUCUUGCAGAAUCAGCCAGGCUGAUACAAUGGGAAAUCCUCCCACAGCAUCCAGGCUUCUGUGAGGGUUGCUCCAGCUGGAGGGAUCUCAUGGACAUAAUGCACCUGGAUGUCCCCCAAAACUUUGACUAAAUAAAAUUGCAAGGGAAGUGGAAGAAACCCUCUUCUGUGGGAACCUGAUUAAAUUAGAGGUUCAUUAUUUUCAGCCCAGAGAAGAGUCAGCAAUGGCUUUCCCAAAGGAUGCCUCCUAGGGCUCAUUUUAUUCUACAUUUUCAUCAUCCUGGACAAAGAAGUGCACAGUGAAUGUUCAAAGCUUGCAAAUGACACAAGGUCAGCCACUGCACUGAUACAGUUUUCUGUGUUUUUAUAAUAUUGUUUAGACUUCCAUUGCAAUAGCAAU